AUGUUGUUCCGCACGAUAUUGCCUCGCUUGGCCAUAAGUCGAGCAUACUCUUCUAAACUUUCCAACUACUUUGAAUUGUUCCCCAAAUGCUUCCCGGCCGGAGGUCCUCCAGCAGACCAAUUUGCCAUCAACUUGCGCCAACUCAGAAGAGAGUACCGUAAUGUCCAGAGCGAGCAUCAUCCGGACGUCAUCAUGGGCUCUGCUGCGCUCUCCACGGAUUCUGAUCCCACCGAUACGACGUCGGCUCUUGUAAAUCGAGCUUACUCCACAAUUCGGAACCCCUACACUCGAGCAGCAUAUGUGAUUCAAAUUCACCACCCAGAACACAUCGAUAUCACCCAGGACGAUGUGUCAAAAGCAUUGAUUUCGAAAUUCCAGGCAGAAUCGCCCGAAUACUCUGUUGACUACAAAAUGUUGCUCAUGACUGUGUUGGAUGCACACGAGUCGUUGGAAUUGGCAGGUUCCGAGGCAGAUUUGGAAUCGUUACAAACGGAAAACGAAGCUCGCAUCGAAGAAACAGAAGGGGCCAUCAAUACCUUACUCAAGAAACAACCUAUUGUAUGGGAAGAGGUGAUCAUCGAGACUAUUCGCAUGAAGUAUUGGGUGAACAUCGCCAAUGGCAUCAAAGACUGGGAGCCGGGAAAGCCCGUCCACUUGACCCACUGA